CCCAGGAUGGCGAUGGAGGUGCUGCGAUGAACCAGUAAAUUGCUACAAAAUUACAUUGCCGAAACAGUUGCUACUAUGUAACUACAAUACCUGUGGAGGCAGAUUGAGUGAUGCGUUUGGCAGGCAAAUCAGCACCGUCGAUAGACCUUUCCCUGCCCCUCCUCAACUUCCAAGUCUCAGCGAGCAGUCUUCCUCACCCUCCCCAGCGUAACAUUCCCCCGAUGAGCGUCGUCCACCUCGCUCUACGUUGUCGGCCGCAGGCUCCCCUCUGCAAACGACCGGGCCCUGUGAUGCAGCUCCGGCGGCAGCGGAUCUGCCUCGCAGCGACCGGCGACGACAUAGGCUUCGCUCUCGGUCAGAUUGCUCUUCACCUCGGUUCCGAACAUUUGUGCGGAGAUGAAGACGCCUGUGCCUGCCCCUGUAGCCGGACCUGGGCCGUAGCCUGGGCUGAGAUGGUCGCUUGUCUUGCUGCUGUCCUGACCCUGCUGCAUCUGCGAGACUGGACUCUGAGUCGAAGAUGUUUUCACAUGGCCAGCUCGAAGAACACACUACACUACAACCGUUACCUGCCUGUUUGAAGUAGCUUUUUCAGGCUCCGAAUCGAUAAAUGUUGAAGUGUACAGCUACAGUGGUGUAAUGUAUACUGCAAACAAUCUGAAAUAGGGAGGUGCAAUGGCGGACGUUUUUGCUGCAUGCAGCAUUUUCGAGAUAAUUACUCC